AUAGAUGGCGGGCUUCCCGCCUGUAUACUUCCUCGCUAUUGGCUGAGCUGAAUCACGUGGCUGCUUUCAUACUUUCACCAGUAGAUUCGUUUGGCGGGUAGGCAUAGCGUUGGUAGCAAACGGCAUUGGAGAUACGUUAGCAAUGGCUGGUGGAAAAGCUGGUAAAGACUCCGGUAAAGCGAAGGCGAAGGCUGUUUCGCGGUCAGCAAGGGCAGGAUUACAGUUUCCUGUCGGAAGAAUACACAGACAUUUGAAGAACAGGACAACAAGCCACGGCCGCGUUGGAGCAACGGCAGCUGUUUAUAGCGCAGCUAUCUUGGAAUAUUUGACCGCGGAGGUCCUGGAGUUAGCCGGUAAUGCAUCAAAGGAUUUGAAAGUGAAACGUAUAACUCCACGUCAUCUCCAGUUAGCUAUCAGAGGAGAUGAAGAGCUGGAUAGCUUAAUUAAAGCUACCAUCGCGGGUGGUGGUGUUAUACCACACAUCCACAAAUCUCUCAUUGGCAAGAAGGGUUCACAGAAGCCAGCAUAAUGUGUAAUGUGGUGUUAAUGUGAGGACACUAGUUUCAAUAAGAAAGCAGUGACUGAACUUUGCAUGAAAUUGUGGAAUUUCAAGAAUGUGGUCAGACGUUGAAGACUGUUCAUUUGCAUUUAAAAGUUAUUCAUUACAUUAAAGACUACUUCUAUGACAAUGUUAAAACACAACAGCAAAUUCUGGGCACGUUUCACUAAUUGAGUGAAGUUGAUGUUAGGGGCAUAGUUAUUUUAAAUGUUUUUGAAAUGUCUUAAAUUUAUUGAUACAGUCAGAACAUUAAUGUUAAGCAUUCAUUAGUUUUAGAUAUCAUUCGCCAUAAACAUAUUUUUGACAUUAAGUAUUAAAUAUGUAGAAAAUAUAUUCAUUUCAUAUAAAA